CAGCUCAGCGUUCCAAUGUCCCUCGGAAACUCGAGCGCUCCUUCCUCAACUCCUCACUCCCGACUUCAGAUUCCCCCAAACCCCGACCGCCGGCCUGGCGCGCGGCUGCGCCCACCGGCUCCGCGCUACCGCCGCCUCCGCCGCCGUCCCGCAGCUCCCCCGGCCUGUGGGCCCCGGCUAGUGCCCGGGCCGGCCUACCUCGGCCCGCGGCCCCCGCGCCCGCCGCCGCGCCGCGCCGCGCCCAGGCCGGGCGUGGAUGGAGGGCUCCGUGAGCCCUGCCCGCUGCUCGGCGUGACGCGGGCCCCGCGCCCACCAUGUCCUACCCGCAGGGCUACCUGUAUCAGGCGCCCGGCUCGCUGGCGCUUUACUCGUGCCCAGCGUACGGCGCGUCGGCACUGGCGGCGCCGCGCAGCGAGGAGCUGGCGCGCUCGGCGUCGGGCUCCGCGUUCAGCCCUUACCCGGGCUCGGCGGCCUUCACGGCGCAGGCGGCCACUGGCUUCGGCAGCCCGCUGCAGUACUCGGCCGACGCCGCCGCCGCCGCCGGCUUCCCGUCCUACAUGCGCGGCCCCACCGCGGGAGACUCACCGUGGGAAAGGCGGCCACGGGAGGGCCGAGGGGUUGCCUUUGGAGGUUGCCUGCCAGGUCCCCGCGUACCCCACUCACUCGGGCUCUUGUCGGUUCCAGGGCGCGCCCUACGACGCGCACACGACUGGGAUGACGGGCGCCAUCAGCUAUCAUCCGUAUGGCAGCGCGGCCUACCCGUACCAGCUCAAUGACCCAGCGUACCGCAAGAACGCCACGCGGGAUGCCACGGCCACGCUCAAGGCCUGGCUCAACGAGCAUCGCAAGAACCCCUACCCCACCAAGGGCGAGAAGAUCAUGCUGGCCAUCAUCACCAAGAUGACCCUCACGCAGGUCUCCACCUGGUUCGCCAACGCGCGCCGGCGCCUCAAGAAGGAGAACAAGAUGACGUGGGCCCCGAGGAACAAAAGCGAGGAUGAAGACGAGGAGGAGGGUGACGCAGCCAGGAGCAAGGAGAGUCUGGAUAAGUCGCAGGAGGGCACCGAGACAUCAGCGGAGGACGAAGGGAUCAGCCUGCACGUCGACUCGCUCACGGAUCACUCCUGCUCUGCGGAGUCGGACGGGGAGAAGCUGCCUUGCCGUGCCGGGGACCCCUUGUGCGAAUCGGGCUCAGAGUGCAAGGAUAAGUAUGACGACCUGGAGGACGACGAAGAGGACGAGGAGGAGGGCGAGCGGGACCUGGCGCCAUCCAAAGCGGUGACCUCGUCGCCGCUCACCGGCGUGGAGGCGCCGUUGCUGAGCCCUCCGCCCGAGGCCGCGCCCCGCGGUGGCGGUGGUGGCAAGACCCCCCUGGGCAGCCGGACGUCGCCGGGCGCACCGCAGCCCGCCAGCAAGCCCAAGCUGUGGUCUCUGGCCGAGAUCGCCACGUCGGACCUCAAGCAGCCAAGCGUGGGCCCGGGCUGCGCGCCGCCAGGGCUGCCCGCGGCCGCAGCGCCGGCCUCGUCGGGGGCGCCACCCGGAGGCUCUCCCUACCCCGCGUCCCCGCUGCUCGGCCGCCACCUCUACUACACAUCGCCCUUCUAUGGCAACUACACAAAUUACGGGAACUUGAACGCGGCGCUGCAGGGCCAGGGGCUCCUGCGGUACAACGCGGCGGCCGCGGGCCCAGGAGAGGCGCUGCACGCGGCGCCCAAGGCGGCCAGCGACGCGGGCAAGGCAGGCACGCAUCCGCUGGAGUCCCAUUACCGGCCCCCGGGCGGCAGCUAUGAGCCCAAGAAAGAUGCCAGUGAGGGCUGCACCGUGGUUGGUGGGGGCAUCCAGUCCUACCUAUAGAAGGGCCGUGUGUACAGCAAUACAAGUGGGAAAGAGGCCGAGCCCUUUCAGAUGACUCCUUUUUAUAAUGUGAUGAUGUUGGUGUGGAACUGAAAGAUUUGGGAUGAUUUGGUUUUUUCCUUGGUCCACAGGUAGGUGUCACAAUUGCUUUGGAAAAAAAAAAAGUCAGCAGGCCAUUCUUUCUUCCCAAGUUCAUAAAUACACAGACGUAAAAAGCCGCGCUCACCCGGACCGCAUCUUGUGCCACUGUAAAGGAAGGAGCCGCAGAGCACUGUCAACUCAGACUAACAGAACCGAACAGACUUUUGUUGGAUAGACGUGAAUUUGUUGGCAUAGUAUAGCUUCCCCAAUGUACGUGUGACUUUUGAAAACAAUCUUUUUUCUCAGGAUAUCUUGAAUUGAUCACUUCAUUGCCACGGUAUAUAUGCUAUAGGUGUGAUAGGAUUUACUGUAAAAUUUAUUUGUAAAAGAUGUACACAGUAGAAAUAAAACGUGAUUGAAGAACUUGAGUACUUAAAAAGUGGAAACAAAUUUGAUAUUUAUUUUUAUAAUGAUAUAAAGCUUCUAGUAAUUUAUGCAAGUUGUAUUGCAAUGGAAUCUAAACUUUUUGUAAAUAAAUUCUGCCUGGUUUUUAUUUGAACAUUGCUGGUUAUACAAUCUUUGUUGGUUGUUUAACAAUAAUUCUUUACUAAUUUAUAUCUUAAAUUGUAAAUAAAAACAGACUAGACUACA